CGCUGGCGCAGCGAGAACUUCGAGAGGCCCGUGGACCUCGAGGGCUCCGGGGACGAUGACUCCUUCCCUGAUGACGAGCUGGAUGACCUUUCCUCGGGGUCAGGCUCGGGCUACUUCGAGCAGGAGUCAGGCAUUGAGACAGCCAUGCGGUUCAGCCCGGACGUGGCCCUGGCAGUGUCCACAACCCCCGCUGAGCUGCCCACCACGGACAUCCAGCCUGUGGGCACCCCAUUUGAAGAGCUUCCCUCUGAGCACCCCACCCCAGAGCCAGCCACCAGCACCCUGGUGGUGACAGAGGUCCCGGGAGAUCCCAGCCAGAGAGCUACCACCGUUGCCACUACCAUGGCUACCACUGCUGCCACGACCCCAGGAGCCCCCACUGUGGCCACUGUGCCUGCCACGGUGGCCACUGCUGCCCCCAGCACCCCUGCAGCACCUCCUUCCACGGCCACCACUACUAUCAUAAGGACCACUGGCAUACGGAGGCUUCUGCCACUUCCACUGACCACAGCAGCCACAGCCCGGGCCACCACCCCAGCAGCACCCUCGCCUCCCACCACCGUAGCUGUCUUGGACACAGAGGCCCCAACACCCAGGCUGGUCAGUACAGCUACCUCCAGGCCAAGAGCCCUUCCCAGGCCGACGACCACCCAGGAGCCUGACAUCCUCGAGAGGAGCACCCUGCCCCUGGGGACCAUUGCCCCUGAACCCACGGAGGUGGAUCAGACCCCUACUCCAGAGUCCUUCCUGACUACAAUCCGGGAUGAGCCAGAGGUGCCCGUGAGCGGGGGGCCCAGUGGGGACUUUGAGCUGUCAGAGGAAGAGACCACGCAGCCAGACACAGCCAAUGAGGUGGUGGCUGUGGGAGGGCCGGCAGCCAAACCCUCACCUCCACCUGAGGUGCUGCCCAAGGGUGCCCGCCCCGGCCCUGACCCCCUGGACAAUGCCAUCGACUCAGGCAGCUCGGCUGCGCAGCUGCCUCAGAAGAGCAUCCUGGAGCGGAAGGAGGUGCUCGUAGCUGUGAUUGUGGGCGGGGUCGUGGGCGCCCUCUUCGCCGCCUUCCUGGUCACGCUGCUCAUCUACCGCAUGAAGAAGAAGGAUGAGGGCAGCUACACGCUGGAGGAACCCAAGCAGGCAAGCGUCACGUACCAGAAGCCUGACAAGCAGGAGGAGUUCUACGCCUAGCGGAGCCUCAGUGCCUGCCCACAGCCUCAGCCCCGCCCUGCGCCCUGUCCCCAUCCAGCCUCACCAGGCCAGGCCCGGGAGGGGACCUGGCACCAGCUCUUGUCUGCCCACUCUCCCGAGGCCUCCCCAGGUUGCCAGCCUCACAUAGACCUUCCCCGAGGGGCAGGGAGCACUGCCAUCUGCUCCAGACUGUGCCCUCACAAGCUCAUCUGUCCCCCACCAGCCCUGGGCUCAGGACCUCACGUCAGCCGGA